UUGCCUCCAAUUCACCAUAUCGUUCACUAUUUGAUCUCCUCUCCAGCAAGUCAAAGCACUCUAAACAGCAGUCACCAUGGGUCGCAUGCACUCUCACGGUAAGGGUAUGAGCAAGUCUGCUCGCCCAUACAAGCGCUCGCCGCCUUCGUGGCUCAAGGUCUCGGCCGAGGACGUGGAGGACCACAUCUGCAAGUUCGCAAAGAAGGGUCUCACCCCGUCGCAGAUCGGCGUCAUCCUGCGUGACUCGCACGGCAUCGCUCAGGUCAAGAGCGUCACGGGCUCCAAGGUGCUGCGUCUUCUCAAGAAGAACGGCCUCGCCCCGGAGCUGCCGGAGGACCUGUACAUGCUCAUCAAGAAGGCUGUGGCUGUCCGCAAGCACCUUGAGCGCAACCGUCAGGACAAGGACUCUAAGUUCCGUCUGAUUCUGAUUGAGUCGCGUAUUCACCGUCUUGCUCGUUACUACCGUAAGAACCGCAAGCUCUCGCCCAACUGGAAGUACGAGUCGUCUACGGCCUCGACGCUGGUGGCUUAAGAUUUAUCAAGCAGCUUCUUGCUAACGCAAUGGCAAUACAAAGUGUCCAAUUGCUGGAUUGAUCACCACU